CUGCAAUAUUUGCCAUCUUGUAUAAAAUCUAACUCCUAAGGCUUUAAAUGGAAUAUCGAAGAGAGAUAUUUCGCUAGUUCUAAAAUGGAAAUUAAACUCUUAGCUUUCCUACUCUUCAUAGGCCUCGCUUCAGCCGGUAAAAUUGGCUAUUUCUCUAAAAGUGAAGAAUUGACAGAUUCUACAAAUGAUUCAGGUAGUAGCUCUAGUUCGUCUGAAGAGAAUGAUUCCGCCAAGGAAGAUAACAAUUCAGGCAGUAAAAUAGAAGUCUUUGUAAAUGGAAUAGACCUUAUGGAGGCGUCUGAUGAAUCUAAUUCCAGCAUGGAAGAUGAAGACACCGUGCACCAUAAGGAAAUAGAAGAAAUAGCUUUAUUUGCUCCUUUUCAGUUCUGAAAGCGCCAAGUAAUUUUGCAGCACACACCAAAAAGCUGGCACAUUGGCAAGUUAAGAGAUGACAUAUAGUAGAAUGUUUGAAGUACUUUUAAGAUUUGUUCAGUGUAAUUAUUAAAAAUUGA